GUGAGCAAAUAAUUUUGUCACCAAUUUCGGAGGGAAAAUUGAGCGGCAAAAGAAAACCCAAAAUAGGCUACUAAAUUUUUUCGUUUGUCUUCUGAACAUAGAAUUUGUAAGCUGCAAAAUGUAUUAGAUGAGAGGGAGAAGAGAGAGGGUUCGAAGGGAAGACUGAUUUGUGUGGCGCGAAACUUCGACUUCGAACGGUGCUCUCCGUUCAGCGGUGGCAACGAUUGACGGUUCCAUUCUUGAGAACAAGAGAUGCCACAGGGGUUUCGUUUACAGUCUCAUUCGGGCCCAUUAACUCACACCCCAGAGGAAGGGAUGGAUCCCCCAGGUCAAGAGGUUGGUACCCAACCCUUACCACCUCAUAAUGUGCAACCUGAGCAUGAGGUGACUGCAUCUAGCAGCGUUGCACCACAUGACAAACGAGGUCAUGGCCCGACACGCGGCAUACAAGCCCAACGCAUUGUCGAGAAAGAUGGAAAGAUGGUGGUUCCUGUACCUGAACAGUUUCGUGCGCCAGUAGGAGAUCAAACCUCUAAGCUGGCCUCCAAGAUUGGUAUAGAGGUUCAAACACAAUUACCAGACUUGAGCGUUCGUAGGUGGAAGAAGGUUAAUGAUGCUGAUAAGAAGCCGAUGAUCCAACGCUUGGAGGAUCAGUUUGAUCUACAAGGCAAUCCAAGCGAUGUAGCAAGGACUUUAAACACACACUUUGGUCGGCGAUUAAGUACCUUCACCUAUAGGUUGCACAAACAAUACAAGCAACUUAAGGAUGCAAGAGGGGAGGAGUACGCGAGAAGCCACCCACCUGCAAGUGUUACUCUUAAUCAGUGGACAUCUCUAAUUGACAAGAAAUGGAAUAGUAAAGAAUUCAUGGAACAAUCACUAACUAAUGUGAAUAAUAGGAUGCAAAUGAAAACAAAACAUAGAUGUGGAUCAAAAUCAAUCCCGGUCAGGGUGCAUAGCUCGGACAACAUGAUACAGACACAAGCAGAACAUCUCUCGCAGACUGGUGCGAUCCCCUUGAGCUCAGAGGAGUUGUCAGUCAAGGUGCUUAAGCCAAGGUCAGGUUAUGUGAAAGGACUCGGCAUGAGGCCUUCUUCUUCUAUGAAGACUAUAGUUGCACCUGCUGAAAAUAGUGACUAUGUUCAACACCUUGAAAUGCAAAUAGCACAGCAAAAUGAACAAAUUGCAAGGUUUCAAAAGUCAGAGAAGCAACAAAACAAGAAGAUACAAAGUAUCAUAGAGUGUUUGAGGCAGAAAGGUAUCACGGGAAAUUUUGAGAGUGGGGAAAGUUCAGAUUCUGAUAGACAAGCUUCUUGGUUAGUAUAUUAUGUUUAUAUGUCAAUUUAGUAGAAAAUUUCUUCUUCAACUAGGGUAGAAUAAAAAACUACUUUUGACAUUUAGGCACAAGGUCCCGGGAAAAUAAUGAAAUAUGCAUGUAAAGGCCCAAAAAACAUCACAAACACCUUGAGACGGAGCACCAUAAGAUGUGUAAACUUACGGAACAAGCACUUGGCUUCCUACUGGAACAAGCAUGUGACUCCUAGUUUGAAAACUACUUUGAAUUAUGUCUUUUUCCACCACUUAAGGUUGAAAAUAGACCAUUAAGGGACAAAAUAAUGAAAUAUGAACAAGAAGGCCCGGGAAACAUCAUGAACACCUUGACAGAACCAAUGUAAAUUGUGAAAACUUAUAGAACAAGCACGAGACUCCCAAUUUAAAAACUACUUUGAAAUUUGUAAAGUUCCAACACUUACGCAUGAAAAUAAGCCAUCGAGGAGCAAAAUCGUUAAAUAGGCACAAAAAAGUUUAGAAAUUAUCAUGGACACCUUGGGAGGGAUCA